AUGUUCUAUGACCUUAAUGUGCCGUUCAGUCCAGAUGACCCGGAUAUAUCUGCGACCCUGAGUUUUCUAGCUGAACUCGGUUACACAACGGUAGCUCUCUCCCAGACCAUCAACGGCAAACUUCCUCCCAACCCUACACCUCCUCCGCUUCCCGCCAACAUUCCCCAAGGUCUCACGGUCCUCACGCGCCUCAACCUGGCGCUUUCUGAUCCCGCUCAAAACCAGCGUCUCGUCAGCCUGGCUCAAGUCUAUGAUCUUGUUGCACUACGACCGGUAAAUGAGAAAGCAUUGUUGAAUGCAUGCACCAAUGUGGAAUGCGAUGUGAUCUCUCUGGACCUCUCUGUGAGACAACCUUAUCACUUCAAGUUCAAAAUGCUCUCUGCGGCUAUCGCACGUGGAAUACGUUUCGAGAUUUGCUAUGGUCCAGGGGUCACAGGCAGUGGACUAGAAGCUCGACGAAAUCUUAUCGGCAAUGCCAUGGCUCUAAUUCGAGCGACUCGCGGGAGGGGAAUCAUUGUUUCAAGUGAGACUAGGAGGGCGCUAGGCGUGCGGGCUCCAUGGGAUGUGAUUAACCUAGCACGUGUUUGGGGCCUAUCACAGGAGCUAGGCAAGGAGGCUAUUUGCGCAGAAGCAAGAAAAGUGACCGCUUUAGCUCGUCUCAAGCGAACCAGCUGGCGCGGGAUUAUUGACGUUGUCGAUGGCGGGCAAAGACCAGCUCCUAAAUCAGCUGCAUCGGUGGCUAGUCAGAAAGCUACCAAGUCCAAACAACAAGCAGAGGGCAAUGGUGACAGUCUGAAAAGGAAAGCGUCACUUGCUCCUGAGCCAACCGUGGAAGAGAGCGAGACCCCUCUUUCUAAACGGGAGAUGAAGCGUCGAGCAAAAAAAGCCCGCCUAGAGGCAGCCAUGGGAGUUUCCGAUACAACCGCCAGUUAA